AUGGAUUGGGUUUUCGUGCCCCUUGCUUCUCCUGGGUUUGAACGAGUUCGUCCUAUUUCUGGGAUGAACAGUUUGAAUCUGGAUAAGCACCUAGCAGCAGACUACUACCGGGCCAACCAAGAGGCCAUUACAGCCCUGCUGUGCCAUCCUACCGAGGAGAGGGAGGCUUCGAAACUGCUCGGCUUCGAACAGACCUACCACUACACCGCACCGCAUAAGAGCCGGGUUACCGACUUUCUACGUGCGCCAACCCCAGAACCAGAUCCAAACCUACCACCGAUCAGGCUUGUUCCACUCACCGCCGAGCAAGAAAUGGCGAAAAUCAGGGCCAUCAAGUCCAUGAUCACCGGGGAAGAAGGCGAGUCCCAAGAACCGGAGGUAACUGGAGGGACAUCCUUCACACCCACCGGUCAACAAGAAGGGACAGUGCUGGCACUUGUCAGCAAGCAACCGGCUGGUCGGUCCAAGAAGCGGCUGAGGAAGGAGCAAACCGGGCCGCGUCUGGCAGAUGAAGACUCUACCGAUCACGUCUCUACCGAGCUCGGGGACCAGACCGAGCAACCACAGACUGACAAAUCCAAGGGCCCAGCCACCCCCCCGGUCUGGGCACCCGAGUUCAAAUACCAGGGCCGAGCAGUUUCUGCUGAGGACUCUGUCUACGCGGACAAGGACUACUCGCUUGGUUUCAAUUUGACCAAGGAGUUGAUCUUGCCCGCUGAUAUGAAAAAACACGACGAGCUUUCCGACCUCAAGGUCCUCCGCUCGGCGGCAAAAUCCAUAGUGCUGGCCGCGCAAAAGAACUAUUUGGCCCACAACCGAAUGAUCAAAGUGCGGCAGAGCCUGCGGGAUGCAAUAGCUGAGAACAAGGCCCAAAAGGCCGAGAUAUCGAAGAUUAAGGCCGCGCAGGAAGCAGUUGAGGCCGAACGAGAUAACCUGAGCCAAAAGGUCAACCGAGCUAAAGCGGACAAACAGCGGGCCGUGAAGUCGACCAAAGCCCGGUAUCUCGCCGAGCUGAGGACGCUGCGCGAUGCCCAUAAAGAGGAGAAAGAUAAGGCGGUGCAGGAGACCAAGGACAUCUUUUUCCAGUGCGAUUGGAAAGCUGCCGUGGAGAAAGUUGGCCUCGGUCAGGAUACUGACAUGUUCUUACAUCCGCCUGCGGCCUUCAUACCGUACUAUAUGCAGGCCUAUGCGAGCGCCGCACAGAAGAGGCUCAUAAAGGAGGCCAAAAAGGAAGCCGCGGAAGAAGCCGCCGCCGCGACGCAACAAACCGAGCAAACUUCUCCUGAAGCGUCUCAGGAUGCUGAAGAUCAAGUAGCCGAUCGGGAGGUUGUCGCGGUGGAGGACGCAGAUGAUGAGUUGGAAGAAGGCCUGCCCGAGCAUAGUCCGGAGGUGGCCGGGCAGACUCUGGAGGUCACCGAGCAGACGGUUGAUCUGGAGUUGGACUGA